GCGGGCAGGGCUCCGGGCGCGAGCCGCCGCUCCUGCACCACAUUCAUCGGCUGCCAAGAGGAGCCGCCGGGCGCUCGCAGGCUGGGCGCGCGCUGCCCGCCGAGGACCCCGCCGCCCCCGCCGCCGCGUCGCCCCCGGGAGCCAUGGCCGGUCUCGGCCACGCCGCCGCCUUCGGCCGGGCCACCCACGCCGUGGUGCGGGCGCUGCCCGAGUCCCUGUGCCAGCACGCGCUGAGGAGCACCAAGGGCGAGGAGGUGGAUUUCGCCCGGGCGGAGCGGCAGCACCAGCUCUACGUGGGCGUGCUGGGCAGCAAGCUGGGGCUGCGGCUGGUGGAGCUGCCGGCCGACGAGAGCCUCCCGGACUGCGUGUUCGUGGAGGACGUGGCCGUGGUGUGCGAGGAGACGGCCCUCAUCACCCGACCCGGGGCGCCCAGCCGGAGGAAGGAGGUUGACAUGAUGAAAGAAGCAUUAGAAAAACUUCAGCUCAAUAUAGUAGAGAUGAAAGAUGAAAAUGCGACCUUAGAUGGUGGAGAUGUCUUAUUCACGGGCAGAGAAUUUUUUGUGGGCCUUUCCAAAAGAACAAAUCAACGAGGUGCUGAAAUCUUGGCUGAUACUUUUAAGGACUAUGCAGUCUCCACAGUCCCCAUGACUGAUGCUUUGCAUUUGAAGAGUUUCUGCAGCAUGGCUGGGCCUAACCUCAUUGCAAUCGGGUCUAGUGAACCUGCACAGAAGGCCCUCAAGAUUAUGCAGCAGAUGAGUGACCAUCGCUAUGACAAGCUCACCGUGCCUGAUGACAGAGCUGCAAACUGUAUAUAUCUCAAUAUCCCUGGCAAAGGGCACGUCUUACUGCACCGGACCCCAGAAGAGUAUCCAGAAAGUGCAAAGGUUUAUGAGAAGCUGAAGGACCAUAUGCUGAUCCCUGUGAGCCAUUCUGAACUGGAAAAGGUGGACGGGCUGCUCACCUGCUGCUCAGUUUUAAUUAACAAAAAGGUAGACUCCUGAGCCGCAGAGCCUCUCCCUGGUCGCCGGCAAGACCGCACAGGCAAAGCCCUGUCUCUGUACCCACUCCCGUUGUUUUCCUUGACAAUCUACUGUGCCACUGUGCUACUAACUCUUGUUUACAAAAAUUUAAUUUCUCAGUUUAAUUGCUUCCUUCUGCACCCCUCCCUGCCCUCCCCCCACGGUGGUCCCUACGCUAUGGAUUUGCUAAAUGAAGUAAGCAGCCUAGAAAGUAGAGAUCUAAUGAAUGAUUGAAAUGUGAUUAAUAAUAGUAAGGAAACACUCAUUUUAGCGUCUGUCAUAUCAGUGUGAAAAUCGUUCCGUUGCCAGUAUAUUCUGAAGGACACGUCCUGGUUCCGUCACACGAGCUCCGUUUUUUUCUCUGUAUCGUGAGUCACGUUUGGUUCCUGAGAAAUUCUCUGAUCCAGGGAUCCUCCCCCUUUCUCUCUCUUUUUCCUUCUGAAUUCUGAAAACUUUUUCUCCAGUUACUUGCCUUUCCCACUUCUGUUACAGCCACUUUGACCUUGGGUAAAAUUCCAGGUCUUGCCUUCUGGAUACCCUCCUACAGGUCCACCCGCCUGACCUUGGUCUCCUUGGCCACCAGCUAUGUCUGCCACCACCAAGCCCUCAGCCCCACCCGGGGCAAGCAGGCUCCUCCACAGAUCAAAAUCAGAGAGCUGCUAUUUGCGGGAGUGUUCGCCAAAUAGAGGCACAUCCUGAGGGGAUUUGCCCCAGAGAGCUAAAUUCCAAAAGAAGUGGGGCACCACACCUAGGAAGCACCAGAAGGUUGCUAAGAGAUCAAGAUCAAGAAGUUCGGAAACACCCCAUGGGCACAAUGUCUUAGAAAGCCUUUAAGUCACAAUCCAUGGAUUUUUGUCUCCUUCUGGCCAUCUGUGACCUGGCAGGGCCUUAUUUUCUUCCUUCAGCUCAUUUCUGUCCCUGUCCCACCUGACUCACCCUAUUUCCAGCUUUCUACCCCUUAUAGUUAUCUUGGUCUAGCAAAGAUAAAAAUACGUUUUUUUCAAAAGAGACAACACAUCUAAAGGUGAUUAUUGAUGGUCUAGCGUGAGCCAGAGGGAACAGCUCUCCAUGGUCAAGGAGCAAGUUCAGGAAGUGAUCACCUUGAUGCUUGAAACCUGCCUCAGGCAACGGACAAUUCUCCUUUGAAACAUCCAUGAAUAUUGACCGUGGAAUUCGAUUCAGAGUUCUUCUCUAGCCUUCAAAUUCAUACAACUUUCAGCUGACAUUGGUCUCUUACAAAGAACAAUGCCACACCGAAGGAAGAGAUCAUUCUUUUACCCAAAUCUGAAAGACUCAGUCUGUUAGUGAGCCAACAUAGUGGUACUUUCCGAGGAUUGGUAACUGAUCAGGCAUGUUAUCAAACUUCCUAGUCAUCUCCACCUUUCCUGUAUUGCCUGUGGCUUGUUGUUCAAGAUUCAGAAUCAAGGAGAUUAAGAAAUAGCACUUCAAGUCUUGCUCUGCUCACCUCUGUGUUUGCAAUCAAACAUGCCUUAUGUUUGGUGACUAAGAGAGAAUAAGAAUAACCGUCAUUCAUUUCAUCCCCCCAGCUCCCAGCAGAUGGAAAGGAGAAACCCCUGAGAAAAUUAAGACAUCUUUAACUGCUAUCUGUCUUUCUCAUUUAUUUGAUGAUUCUACACCAGAAAGUUUAAAGAAUUUCUUCUCCUCCUUUUCUUCCUUGUUGCUUAACUUUGAAAUUCCUAUCACACGCAAAAUAUAAUUAUACCCAUCCUGUAAAUGAAACACAUCUUGAUCACUGUCAUGUUUUGGACCGUCUCAUCAUGGAUGAGUAAUAACAUUUUCCCAGAGAGAGAAUAAAUGUCAGCCACAUGUCCAACUUCACAGAUUGUUCUGGGCGGUUAUGGUUGCCCUUUUGGGUUAAAUCUGGCCCUGCCCUGGCAAAAGCAGAAAUUCUCCCUGUGAGAACUUAACAUCUCAAAAACAACCACAGGAAAAAGUAGCCCCAUCAGCCAGUUUAAGUUUAUUGGCAUAUAAUUUUUAAUAUCCUUACUUCUAUCAUCCCAAGUCAAUGAACUGUCCUCUCUUACAUUUAGUCAAUUGCAAGUGAAUAGAUUUUUCUUCGUAACAAUUUGUUCUGCACAAGGCUGCUUUUUAUUUUAUGUCUCUUUUGAUUUUUCUUUCUUUCCUUUCUUGUCUUUUUCUUGAGAAACCGCUUAGAAUCCGGGUGCCUCUUCUACAUUUCACUCGGCACUGCUAUCUUACCUACUUGGCUGGCUUCUUUGGACUCCCUCUGGGGACAAGGUGAUGUGAAAACCUAAAUUAUUUGCAGCGUAUUACUAUAACUUCUCUGAUGUUCUCAUAAGCAUAAUGUGACCUUUGCAAAGGAAACAUUCCCCUCUUGUCCAUUGUGACUUAUAAGGAUGGAUAGGCAAACAAAUUUCUUUUUGACGUCAUAAAGACAUGAGGGAUUAUAUUUAAAUAGGUAAAAGUUAAGUUAGAAUUACUUAGCCAAUAUGAUUCAAUUUAAUAAAAGGAUGCUAUAGAGAAAAUAUAUUAUCUAGCAUUAUUUCGUCAAUUAUAAUAAAUUGCUAUAGAAAUCAGCAGGCAGAUCUUUCCAAUUGAUUGCUGUUUUAAGCUACUGUGAACAGAUUAUUAAGGUCAUCUCUUUAUCUCUAAGGGGGGGCACAUAGUCUGUAGAUGAAUAAUGUGACCUAUAAGAGUUGCAUGUUAGUCUUUGAAAUUAUUUACUCUUUAACAUUCUACAAACCUCAGACGUGAUUUCAACACUGUACUAGACUUGUGCAUUUUAUUUUCCUGGUCAUCUCGUUCCAGCCAGUGUAUGGUCAUCCACUCUGUGUGCCAAAACCAGUAAUGCCUUUCAUGACCCUUUAGUCCAGAGAAGUUCUGCACUGAUUUUAGUCUCUUGCUGUCCCAAUCCUACAUGUAUACCAAUCACGAUGGAAUAAAGUGUGAGUUGUACUGUG